AACCCGGCUCGAUCAUCUGAUCAAACAGAGACUGGUUGUAUGAUGUGCGAUGUAAAAUGUGCAAUUGAUUCUAAAAAUUGUAAUAUUGUUAUUUAUGUUUUGAUAAGAAUGAUAUUAGAAUAAUGAUAAUAGUGAUAAUAAUAACAUAAAUCAAUGAUGCGACUCUUUUCUAUAUAAAAAGGCAUGUCUUCCCAAAGUAGAUUCGAUGGCCCUUAAACCAUAUUGCCUCAUAUGUUUUUAUUGACAAGAAUAACUCUUUCUUUGUCCAGAGUGCUAAGAAUGGCGCAAGAUGAUGCGAAUAAGUUGACAAGAGAAGAUUUUGAUGCUGGUCCAUGCAGCUUCGAUGAGAUUGAGCCAGGCCUAUUUCUGGGUAAUCUCACAGCUGCAACGGAUGUGGACUGGCUGAAAGAAGUUGAAAUGACUCAUAUACUGACAAUAGAUUCCUGUCCGUUGCCAAGGAAGAUCCAGGAAUGUCUCCCCAAUUUAAUCACUAAGUAUAUUCAGGUGACAGAUAUGCCGCGAGAAGAUCUUUUAACACAUUUUGAGGGCUCUUACGAGUUCAUCGACCGUGCCCUCGAGUGCAAUGGCAAGAUACUGGUGCACUGUUACUUCGGCGUGUCGCGAUCCGCUUCCGUGGUAAUUGCAUAUAUAAUGAAAAAGCGCAAGUUGAGCUUUGCGGACGCAUUCCAAAUGGUAAAAUCAAAACGAAGAUUCGUCGCGCCGAAUCCUGGCUUCAUGGCGCAACUGCAACUUUACGAAGACAUGGGCUAUGGUGUGGAUAGCACCAAUGUGCAAUUUAAGAUGUACCGGUUACAGAUUGCUGCUGACAAAGUGCGCAAGGCACGCAUUCUUCCUCAGAGUUGCAUUGAUUUAGUGAAACCAGAUCCCGCACUGACAACCGUGCGUCCCGAGCCGACAGUUUAUCGCUGCAAGAAAUGUCGCCGUAUUGUGGCAAGCGCUAGCAAUAUUCUACCCCACGCACCUCAUGAGAAACAGAUCUGGCGGCACAUCAGCGUUAAAAACCCAAAGGAUAUCGAGAACUGUGAUAAAUUAGUGCUGAGAAGAGAAGAGCCGACGCGUGUCGAGCUAUGCGACAAGAUCUACUUCGUGGAACCUCUAGCUUGGAUGCCCGACAUUACGCACACGGUUGAAGGCAAAUUGAAUUGUCCUAAAUGUAACACGAAACUCGGCUCAUACAGCUGGAUCUCUGGCAGUCAAUGUCCCUGCGGUAGCAAGAUCGCGCCGGCUUUCUAUUUGGUGCCCUCCAAGCUCGACUGGAGCAAUAUUGUGCAGAAUGUACAAGUAACGGUAUAGUAUUGAAAAGUAUAUAAAGUAAAAAUGUUGAAAAUAAUCCAUCUUGGAUUAUUUGGAUAUUCGAUGAAAUUUUUCCGAAGGUUUUAAAGUUCUUAAGUAUUUCUUAUAAUACUAUGGCAAUACGAAUCGCCAAAGAAUGUCGUAAAGAUAUCGAAUAGGUGUUUAAUAAACGUAACUUUUUUAAUGCUUUGUAGAUAUCUUUUCGACAUUUUUUGAGGGAUGUUUUUAUUAAAUUGUAACAUUAUAUGGUCCAAGAUGGUUGAAAUAGGUAUUGAUAAUAUUUAAUUUCCAGCAAGUGUAUUAUAAAUUUUGUUAAGUUUUAGAAUUUAAAUUUAAAUUAUUCCAUAAAAAAGAAUUAGAAAAUUUAUGAAUAAUUUUAAUCAUAUAUUACUUUCUUUUUAUAUGUGUGUAAUACUUUACUAUAUUUUAUCUUUAAUUAUAUCAAAGUUUUAAUCCCGUUAAAAAGAUCUGUAUAUUUGCUAAAAGUUGAGAAUAAUGAAUUUUUUAAUAAGAUAGAUGCGACCAAUGCCGGCUGACUGUAUUCUAAUCCUGUGCCAAUAUAUUUCGAUAUGUGUACAUAUAUACAUGUAUUUGUUAUACAUAUAUAUCUGUAUGGUG